AUGGGGUUCGAGAAACAGAAACGGAAUCGCAAUUCCUUCCUAAUUGAGAGAGAGAACAUCGUCGAGUGGAGGCGGCGGUAUUUGAGGGCAAUCGGAAAGCACAGAGCCCAGAACCGCAAAAUCUACUUCCAGGACGAGACUUGGGUGAAAGCCGGCCUUACAGUUGACAAGGUGUGGACUGACAGCACCAUAAAGUCAGCAAGGCAGGCCUUCAUAUCUGGACUGACGACCGGGCUAAAGGUUCCUUCUGGAAUAGGUGAACGAGUGAUUGUCACCCAAGCAGGUAGUGACACUGGCUUCGUGUCCGGCUGCGUGGACGUGUUUUGUGGGAAGAAAAAGGACGAUUACCACGAUGAAAUGGACUCGAACAGGUUUGAAGCAUGGUUUCUUCAUCUGCUGGACCACAUCGAGCCUAACAGCGUAAUUGUUAUAGACAACGCGCCAUACCACAGCAGAAAGGUUGAAGCAGUUCCCACAACUGCAACAAAGAAGGGCGAGAUCCAGCAGUGGCUCUCUUUCAAGAACCUAGACUGGACUGCCACAAUGAAGAAAAAAGACCUUCUGAGCAUCGUGGCAACGGUGAAGGAUCGCUACACAAAGUACACAGUUGACAUCAUGGCUACGGACGCCGGACACACAGUGUUGAGGCUCCCACCGUACCACUGCGAACUAAAUCCCAUAGAGUUGAUAUGGGCACGAGUCAAGCAGGAGGUCGCCUCCAAGAACAUCACAUUCAAGCCCAAUGACGCCGAGCGGCUCUUGAGGGAAGCAGUGGACAACGUAACAGCUGUCCAUUGGCAUGACUGUGUAGAGCAUGUGAAAAAAAAAAUGGAGGCGAAGUUUCGAGAAUGUAACGUCCCAGAGUCGAACCUCGAGCCAGUCAUCAUACCCCUCGAUGCAAGCGACACGGGGGAGGAGAGUGGAGACGACGACGAAGCUGACGACGAGGAUGAGAAUGAAGAGAUCUUCGCUGUUCAGCCUUUAGAAUGGAAUUGA